AUGCGGUUAACCAAUACUUGGUUUCGGCAACCAAGAAGAAGGUUAUACACCUGGACGUCACCAAGUGGACAGUACCGCAAUCAAAUCGACUACAUCCUGUGUCAGCAACGGUGGAAGAGUUCAGUUCAAGCUGUGAAGACGUUCCCUGGGGCAGACUGUGGAUCUGACCAUGAAUUUCUGGUUGCCGAGAUCAAGAUACGACUCUGCAGCGUCAAGCGACCACCCGCUUACCAGAAAUUUGAUACCAGCAAGAUUGGUCCAUCAUAUGCCGCUGAGAUCAGAAACCGCUUCGAACUGCUCGCCAUCGAAGAGAAUCAAGAAGCAGAAGAAAUAUGGGAGAAGGUGAAGGAAAUUGUCGUUGAAACAACAGAGAAACAUGUACUGUACAAGAAACCCGCAAGAUCAGCAAAGUGGAUUUCGGAGGAGACUAUUGCAAUAGCAGAAGAGAGAAGGAGAGCAAAGAUGACCAGAAGCAGGAAUGAAGUGCGGCGCCUGAAUGCAAUGUUCCAACAGGCCGCCAGGAAGGACAAAGAGAAAUACUGGAAUGAGGAAUGUGCAAGGGCAGAGGAGGCAUACAGGAAAGGGAACAUGAGAGAACUUUACCAACAUGUAAAGAAGCCCCGUACAGCAUUCAUGGCCAGACAAGCAACCAUCCGAGGGAGAAAUGGUGAAGAACUGCAUGACCAAGAAGGGAUCAGGAAGAGAUGGAAAGAGUACACUGAGCAGUUAUAUGCAGGGAACAACCUCGGUGAACAGACAGAAGAGAAGCCACUGGAACUGGAACUGGAGCCAGACAUCCUGGAGGAUGGGGUGGUAUGGGCAAUGAAACAGCUGGCCAACCUAAAAGCCCCAGGUACUGAUGGUAUUCCACUAGAAUUACUCAAGCCAAUACCAACAAAAACACUAACAUCGCUUUGCCAACGUAUAUGGAGAACCUGUAAGUGGCCAAGGGAAUGGAAGAGGUCAGUUUUCAUCCCAAUACCAAAGAAAAGAGAUACCAAGGACUGCGCAAUCUACCGUACCAUAACCCUGAUCCCCCAUGUAAGCAAAAUUCUCCUUAAAAUCAUCCAGAAGCGCCUGAACACAACUAUUGAGAGAGGAUUGCCAGAGGUGCAAGCUGGUUUCAGAAAGGGAAGAGGCACCCGCGAUCACGUCGCCAACCUUCGGUGGAUUAUGGAAAAGGCAAGAGAAUACCAAUAG